AUGUCACCUCAAAGCCAUGGCUCGGCAUUUAAUUCACUCAUUAAUGUCACCUCGUCGCUAAUUAUCUCAGACUUGACCAAAAGAUUCCAUGUUGCUCCUUCACCUUUAGAAAGGUUAUCGGAACAUCAAUCAAAGGUUCUUCGAUAUGUUGCGAUCUCUUCUUCGGUGGUACUGAUAGCUGCUGGGUUAGUGGGGUUUUAUAUGUUGGGAGCGAUCGACGCGAGAAGAAGAGUGUUUAGACAUCAUUUGAUUUUUUUCUUAAUCGGUUACGAUUUUUUGAAAGCUGUUACUUUAUUAUUCUAUCCUGCCAGAGUGGCGUUGGUGAACCAUGCCUACUAUAAUGGGAAUUUUUGUGAUAUUGUGGGAUUUUUCACCGCCAUGGCGAUUGAAGGGGCCGACAUUGCAAUUCUCUCAUUUGCAAUCCAUACUGCGUUAUUGAUCUUUUGCCCAAACCGCAAAUACAAAAACGGUGAUAAAGUCGAAGGUGGGUUGUUCCCAUACCGGUAUUACGUCUGGGUGUUCAGCUUUGUGGUGCCAAUUAUCUUUGCGUCUUUGGCGUUCAUUCGAAACGUUGGAUACCAACCUUUGGUCAGUUGGUGUUAUUUGCCAGAACGACCAAAAUGGUAUCGUUUGGUAUUGAGUUGGAUUCCAAGAUACGUGAUUGUCAUCACGAUUUUGUGCGUUUAUGUGGGAAUCUACGUUCAUGUCAUUCGACAAUUCAACCGGAUCUUGGUUAUCCACGAAGAAAUCAACAACAAGGAAAGCCACCGAUUGAAAUUGGACAAAAACUUCUUCAAGAAUUUCAAAUACGUCAUCACUGAGUAUUUCAAAGAUCAUCGGUUCACCAUGGAAAAUCAUCCACGGAUGAAUUUGAAAAAACGCAAAAGUUCCAAAAGUAAUUCUCAACAAGAUGAUGCUGAUAACUCAUUAGAAUUCGAUUCAAUGACAGAUGUCGAUGACAACUUUGGUGAAAAAAGAAAAGAUGAUACGGUGACGAGCGAAAGUGGUAACGAUCCUACAAAAUUGCUGAACUCGUUGCAUCAAGCGACCAUGAAUUCGUUUGAACAGCGGCGUAUUCAGAUUGAAAAACAAAUGAAAUCGAUCUUUGUUUAUCCAAUCUCUUAUAUUCUUCUUUGGCUUGCGCCAUUUGCCUUGCAAUGUAUCCAAUAUGAUUAUGAAAUACGACACGGUCCGGUAUAUUGGUUGACUGCCAUUAGUGCAUUUAUGCAACCGUUCAAUUGUACCGUAGAUACCAUUGUAUUCUUGUAUCGUGAACAGCCUUGGGAGUAUACGGUUUAUAAUGUCUCCAAAAAAAUCAAGAUGAAAAACGGCCAUCUUUAUGCAAAUGACCAUUUCAACCAGUAUUAUGGUACUCAUGAAACUUGGAGAAAAUAUUUCAGUUGGUUGCCAUUAUACUUUGUUCCCGAUGAAAAUUAUGAUUUCGAAGCUGAUGAGCCAGUGGUGACAAAUGACGGAGAAGAUGAUGAAGCAAUGGCCAGCAAAAUCAUCAACAACCAAACUCAUGAUUUCAGUAAUAUUUUGGGAUCGAAUUUGAACGAAGAUGAAUUCAGAGCUGCUCCUUCUUCAAAAGCCGAAGUCCUGGCCAAUAUUGGUCAGUAUGAGGAUGGUUGUAUCGCCUUUAAAGACACACAUGGUCUCUCUAGAAAUCAUCCAAAUGAUUUUGCGAUCAAUCCAUUAUCUGAUCAUCCUAAUUCACCAAACCAAAAUCAACAACAAAUGAGGUCAGAUACUCUUAUUUCCACGAGUGAUUUCUACAAUAUGCCACACCGAAUGUCUUCAAUACGGUCGUCAUUACCAUUUUUCCAGUACCGUAAAGAUAGCGACCACCAGGGCAAAGAGGUGGGGAUAUCAUUAGAUAUUGUCGAGUCGACCAAUGAAUUGCAAGCCAAUUAUGACAAAAAGAAAGGCUUCUGGCUGAGAAUUACCGGCGGUGCAGCGCAUGCAAAGGAGACCUCUACUACUGUCAAUACCUUUGUGGAUAUGAAUGAUCAUGAUUUGGACCAUGAACCAUCCAAGAAUAUCUUUGGAGACUACAAGUUGGAAGAUAUUUCCAAUUCAGACCAAUCAAAUAAAGAUCGUCAUGAUAAUAUCCUCAAGUCGCCAACAAAUGGUCAUCAUCUACCCCUGAUUGCCCCUCAUUCGCGUAGCAAUACUUUGAACAGGGCAUUCAGAAGGAAAUCUUCCUCUAGAAAGACUCCAUCUUUAACUAGUCCAAUCUCAACAACAUCUCCUAUCAUAAACAAUGGAGGGGAAACAAUGGUUGAUGAUACUGAUGACUCGUCGCUUGAUUUCUUAGAUUUCUUGAAUCGCGGUCCCCCAGCAUAA